GAGAGGCGCCCACGCCGUCCGAGGGAGCCAUGUGUUAUACAUAAGAAGGCGACAAAUUGGCCCGUUCCGCACUCACCAGAGGCUCUCGAGGUGCACGAACGAGACCCCGCGCUGCGCUGCGCUGCACUGCUCUGCUCUGCGGACAUCGAAACAACUCGCGACGCUCGACCAAUUGCGCGGCGUCAGUGCUCUCCUGUCUCUCUCUUUCUCCCUCUCUCUGUGCGCUCGCGCAGGUCGCUCGGGCGAAUUUCUUGGCGACAAUUCACGGGGUUUGGACCGGUCGUGAGCCGCAGCCAUGGGAUUGCAGGAUGUGGAGCAGCCACAUUCUUCAGGAGUCGAAGCUUGGUACAUGGACGAUUCAACGGAGGAUCAGCGCUUACCUCAUCGCCUCGUUCCAAAUAAGCCGGUGUCGGCGAGAGAUCUAGCAGCAGACUUGGGAGUACUUCAGUGGCAUCUCGACGCUGACAAAUUUGAGAAUGAUCCGGAGUUGGAAAAAAUUCGCAAGGAACGGAACUACACCUAUCAGGAUAUAAUCAAUGUGUCUCCGACCUCGUUACCCGAGUAUGAACGGAAGAUUAAGAGCUUUUAUGAAGAACACAUUCAUACGGAUGAAGAAAUUAGAUACUGUAUCGACGGUAGUGGCUAUUUUGAUGUUAGAGACUCCGCAGAUCGCUGGAUUAGAAUAUGGACGAAGAAAGGGGACAUGAUUGUCCUUCCGGCUGGCUUAUAUCACCGUUUCACUCUAGACGAGAGUAACUACAUUAAGGCUAUGAGGCUGUUUAUCGGGGAACCAGUCUGGACACCUUACAACCGACCACAAGAUGAUCACCCGAUAAGGCGUGAUUACAUAAACAAUUUCUUGAAGUCUCAUGCUGGAACUGUGGCCGCUCAUUAAGGAUUGUCGCAUCCGCUUAGAGUUAGCUGGUUUUAUAAACAAUCAGUAGCGUAAAUUACUUAUGGAAGCACUUGUACGCGUUAAGGAUGAUCUUGUUGAGAGGUUGAAAGCUGAUUGAUGAUAAUAUUGAUUCAUAGACUGAUACCUCAGUAUCCGGUCAGGGGGUUUGUUUCUACUUAGUUAGGGCUAUCAGGAGCAUAUCUGGCUAAUCAGUCCUUUUUUGUUGGAAGAUGUAUGAGCAAGAUUUCGGCAUUUCGAGCAAUAGUGAAGUCUGGGCGCUACUUGCACCUUGACACAUCGCUUUGUGAUUGAAGUGGUUGUCUCCCCUUCCUGUGGAGAAUAUCUUGCGUGCUUGCACAAAACUGCCAGAAGAGAAAUUUUGUAGGAAUCAGGUUCUAGCACAUGCUCUCACAUCUGUAUCAAGACACUUUCGAAGUAUCAUUGGAAGAUUGAGAUGAGAUCCAAUAUUCCGUUCUCUGUUUGAAAUGAAGGCGGAAAGGAAGGCUUGUGCCUCCAUUUUCGCAUUAUGUAUUACAGAGAAAGGAUUGCAGGUCAUUGGCUCCACUGAAAGGAUUGGGACUCGAAUGUCGCAGGGGCCCGGACGACGAUGGGGAGAGUUGAUGGAACACCUGUAUAGGGCUAUCACAAGUUUAUGGAAUCAUCCUGUAAGGACCUGUUUGGGCCAAAUGGUCCGAAAAUCGGUCUGUGAUUAAUUGCUAUAUUGAAACCUUUUCUAGAAAGCCUCAAGGUUGAAGGUGCUGGUGAAGAUGGAAGAAUCCCAUAGGUUGGGCCUGGUCUGACAUAUGGUUAUAGUCAAAACUUCACCUAAUAACGAACAGGCAAGGACUACUGUCGUCUAGAACCGUCAUCUGAAAUGCGUUGUCUCCCCCGCCUGUAGGAUGUGGAAAAGCUUGGUUUCCUUCUCGAACGUAUCGUGUAUAGAGCAAAAGCUUUAGUUUAAUAUAAAGCAACUGCCAGUUUCCUCUUCCGGCUUUUCAGGAAUUUGUCGAUUCUUUUGUGAACAUGUCCCGAAUUGUGAACUAACCUUUCCGCUUUUCUAAAUCUCCUUUCGAAUGUCUUGAGCUUAAAGCUUUGACAAGUCUUUCACUGUAGUAGUUUGACUGGUAAUCGACCAGCCAAAGCUUAACUUUCGGUGAGGUCUUUUCUAACUGCCAACGUUUCAUGUGACUGUUCACUUAUCUUCUUCUCGCAUUGAGGAUCAAGUUUGGGUAUCAAGCCUGAAGGAAUAUACAAGGCUUAGGGACAAGCCCACUUCUCCAAGUUGUUCAAGUUACGAAAGCCACCUCACAGUUGUUUCCUUCCGAGUUCAAACAAUCUCUGUGUGCAAUAGUUCACUAGUUCGUAGUGACACGUCAACUCACCACCUAUUAAACUUUUUUAUUACCUUCUCUGCGCACUCUUCUGAAUGCUUGUAAGUCCAUUGAGAUGCUGCACGUAUCGAAGGG